AUGGCCUCGAUUUCCGCCCUUCCCCCGCGCCAAUUUCCUACAUCAGGUUUCGUCAGAUUAGACUCCUCAGAGAAGAUAGAAGAAGAGAGUCUGCCCCAUUAUGACGCGGGAAGAUACUAUCCAGCCCACAUUGGAGAUGUUCUUGUGUCCAGGUAUCAGAUAGUCUCCAAACUCGGAUAUGGCACAUCUUCCACUGCUUGGCUUUGCCGGGAUCUCUUGGAGCAAGUCUUCUAUACAAUCAAGAUAUGCAUUCGCGGACAAAACCUGGAUCAUGAGAUUGAUGUUUCCAAGCAUCUACAAAACGCUGACGACCAUUUUGGGAAAAAGCUUGUUCGCUUAGUGUUGGAUUCAUUUGAGGUUGUUGGUCCGCACGGAAAGCAUGUGUGCUUGGUUUACCAGCCACUUGGAAUGAAUUUCGCCGAAUUCCAAAAAUUACUCCCAGACAGCAAGUUCCCGAAGAAUCUUGCUCAGAGGAGUAUCCAACUCAUUCUAAUAUCAUUGGCUUUUAUGCAUGAAAACAACGUUACCCAUACUGAUGUCUCAUCGAAUAAUAUACUCCAAGGCGUCGAGGACAGGUCUGUUCUUUCUCGUCUUGAAGAAGAUGAGGUAGAGCGGCCAGUUGCUAGAAAAGUUCUGGGUGACCGUACUAUUUACUACUCCCGACCAAUGCCUUCUUGUGCCGGCUUACCCAUCCUGUCCGAUCUGGGUGAGGCCAGGAUUGGCAAUGGAAAGCACAAGGGCGAUAUUAUGCCCGGUAUUUAUCGGGCGCCACAAGUGAUUUUGGAUAUGGAUUGGGGUUCUAGCGUUGAUAUAUGGUCAAUUGGCACUAUGAUUUGGGAUUUAGUGGAGGGAAGUCAUCUAUUUUUUGCCAAGAGAAAUCGCACUCUCAAUGAUGAACAACAUUUAGCAGAAAUGGUAUCUCUGAUGGGACCUCCACCUCCAGAAUUUCUGAAGAGGAGCGAAAAGUGCCACCACUUCUGGGAUGAGAAAGGUAAUUGGAAAGGAUCCAUACCUAUACCAGAGCAGUCACUGGAAAUGAGGGAAAUUCAACUUUCCGGUGAAGAUAAAGAACUUUUCGUCAGCUUCUUGCGCAGAAUAUUACGUUGGCUGCCCGAGGAGCGGCCAACAGCGGAGGAGCUUGCAUAUGAUGAAUUUCUGAUGCAGGCUGUGUGGAACUCUAGCUGA